AUGGAAUUCAUAGCGUUUCCCCUACAGGCACUAGCUCUGUACUUCGUGACAAAGCUCGUGUGGGCCAUCCUGAGCCGUGUUCUCCUGAACCAUCCUCUGGAUGUGCUGCCGGGACCGCCUUCCCCUUCGUAUCUCACCGGAAAUUUGAAGAAAGUCUUCGAUAGAUCAAACGGGAUUGUAUAUCACGAGGAUAUCUUGAAGAAAUAUGGCUCAGCGAUGCAGAUUGCUGGUCCACUUGGGAUGAAAACUCUACUCACCUCUGACCCUAAAGCUCUGCACCACGUUUUCGUGAAGGACCAAGAUGUACAUGAAGAGACCGACCUGUUCCUUGCGACCAACUCAAUGGUGUUCGGUCCCAGCUUACUAUCCACUCUUGGGGAGCCCCACCGAAAACAAAGGAAGAUGCUCAACCCUGUGUUCUCUAUCAAUCAUAUGCGCCAGAUGGUCCCUAUCUUCAUGGAAGUUUCGACCAAGCUCGGGGAUGCACUGAGCCGUCUGACCUCCACCGGUCCUAAGGAGGUAGAAGUCCUCGGGUGGUUAACUCGGACUGCCCUGGAAUUAAUCGGACAGAGUGGGUUUGGCUACUCAUUCGAUCCCUUAACUGAACAUCACGAGGAACAUCCAUAUGUUACCUCGGUGAAGCUUCUCACUGCGAUGUUGAUGAAGACGAUAUGGGUCAGACUAUUCUUCCUCCCCACGAUCCACAAGUGGAACCUUGGUGGCAAGCGAUUGCGACGCUUUGUAAUGGACCGUUUCUCGUGGGGAGCCUCUCGGAUGUUCAAGGACAUCGUGGACACCAUGCAUAAGACAUCUCUCGAAAUUUACCACUCAAAGAAGAAGGCGCUAGAAGAAGGAGACGAGGUGGUGGCCAGGCAAAUCGGCCAAGGGAAGGAUCUGCUCAGCAUCCUCAUGCGGGCCAACAUGGAGGCUGAUUCAGACGACGAGCGUUUACAUGAAGACGAGCUUAUUGCACAGGUCACCACCUUUACAUUUGCAGCCAUGGACACUACAUCCAGUGCAUUGUGCCGAUUCUUUUAUCUGCUCGCAAAGCACCAGGAUGUGCAAGAGCGUUUGAGAAAGGAGAUCAAAGAGGCAAAACAGCAAUACGGCGAGAUCAACUAUGACCAGCUGACAGCCCUUCCGUACCUCGAUGCCGUAUGCCGGGAGACCCUUCGCCUAUAUCCACCUGUUCCACUGAUCAGUCGGGAAGCACGACGGGAUGCCAUCCUCCCUCUCGGUAUGCCUAUUACAAGGAAGGACGGGCAAAGGAUCGACGAGAUUCACGUUCCAAAGGGCACGAAGAUAUGGGCCUCAAUCCUCGGUAUCAACCGCAUGCCAGAGUUAUGGGGUCCCGAUGCCGACGAAUGGAAGCCUGAGAGGUGGUUGUCCCCUCUUCCCGAAGCCCUGAGGGAUGCCAAGGUCCCAGGAGUCUACUCCAACCUCAUGACCUUUAUUGGCGGAGGCAGAGCGUGCAUUGGAUUCAAGUUUUCUCAAUUGGAAAUGAAAUGUGUGCUGUUCGUUCUGUUGGAUCACUUGAGAUUCUCGCUGCCGGAGAACAAGGACAUCAAAUGGGUGAUGUCUGGAAUCAUCAUGCCAGCAGUGGACGCAGAGAAACUGCGGCCAGAGCUGCCUCUGAUUGUUGAGAGAAUUCCCUGA